GACUAUUGUUACUUCCCCCAGAGGAGACUUAGUUUAAUUCUUGCAAGAUCGUGUUUCUUCCGUAUUGAUUUUGGUAUAGAAAGAACGUAAUAUUCCAAUUUAAUCUCCAAUAUCUUCUACCAACUUCUACAUAAAAAGAGUUUCCAGUGUCAUAGCGUUCAGGAAUUAGAACUCGUCAAGUCGUUACAACAUGCUGCAGUUAUUCGUUUAUGGUCCAGGACUGGGCUUACCAAGUUUAGAUCCAAGUUGUUUAGCAGCAAUUUUGUACUGUUCACUUGCUGUCCCCAAGGACGAAUUUGUGAUUUAUCAGACUGCGAAUGCCAGUAUGAGCCCAACGCAGAAGCUGCCCGCUUUGUGGGACGGCCAUACGUGGGUAGGAUCGUUAAACCCAGUUCUAUUUUAUUUGAAACAAAAAGGAUAUGAUUUGGACAAUCAAUUAGACAAGGAUGCCCUCAGUAAGAUUACCGCAUUUUCCUGUCUUUUGCAGAGAAAUGCCUACGAUUUAUGGCUCUUUAAAGCCUACGUUUGUGAAGAUAAUUAUGUUCGUGUUAUGCGUCCCGAGUGGUCCAAGGUGCUCGGAUUCCCUUUCAAUUAUACGACCCCUAAUGCAUUUCAAAAAUACGCGAAAGAACGCUUAAAUUUGACAUUGGGUAUUAAUGAAGAGAAAAUGUCCUAUGAAGCUUCAAAAAUGCCAAUUUCCCAUAAAUGGACGAACGCUUCUCGCCAGAAGCAAGCAUUGUUACAAGCCCAAGCGUUUCGUAUCAGGAUUUCUUCCCUAGCUCGACAUUUAUACGGCUCUUUAGAAUUGCUAGUUGGAGAUUCUGAAUACCUAUUUGGAGAACGUCCUACUUCUCUUGAUUGUCUCCUCUAUGCGUUCCUCUCUUUUCAUGCUCUAACCGAGAAUUUCGAUCAAUUAACCUUACGAAGCACAAUGCAAUCAUCUGCUCCGAAACUGUUUCGGUUAUUAGAAUCCAUGAGAGCGAAAUGGUCUCCGUCUAAAGAGGAAGACGGGUUACUUUUCAAUGUUUCCAUCGAAAAGCAACCUCAAAAUCUUCUAGCCUUAGCACGAGUUGCAUGGAAUAAUGUGUCUAAAAAAGUUUGCGAAACAAAAAAUUCUUUUCAGAAUGUUUCUAUUUCACGUGAAAAGCAAUUGUCGUUAGCUAGAAACGGAUUUUUCAUUCUAGCUUCCACCUUUGGCUUUGUUUGGUUCGUUUUAGCAAACGGCAUAGUAGUCAUUGAAGAUGAGGAAGAUGUAGAUUUGGAUACUUUAAGAGAAGAAUCAUCUUCCUUAACGAAUGAUGAUUUGCGCUCUAGAGAGGUAGAGCAACGCUUUGACGACAGUUCCAAAAACGAAGCUGCACCAGAAUCAGAAGAAUUAGAUACUCCAUCUAUGUCGGCAGAAGAUCUUUUAUUUGGUUUUGAAGGUGAAGACGAAGAAGACGGCUAUGAUGAAUGGGAAGAAGAUGAAAUGGAUGAUGAAGAAGAAGAGGAGGAAGAUUUUGAUGAAGCUGAUGCUGAUAUAGCUUAAUAAAAAGACUUAUGGAACGGAUAAAAGCUCCCAUGUGGAUUAUGACGGAAUUUUGGAUUAGUACUACAUAAAUAUCCUAAGAGCAGCAAUUCAGUUAAUAAAUAAUUUUCAUGUUUUCUUCUGUUGAAUAAAAUAUUAUGUAUAUUAUGCG